AUGCACGUUCUUCUUCUCGGUGGUCACGGCAAAGUCGCCCUACACCUAACCCCACUCCUCCUCAACCGCUCCUGGAGUGUCACUAGCGUGGUGCGCAACCCCGACCACGAGAGCGAGAUCCUAGAUCUCGGCAAGGGUCGGAAGGGCAAGCUUAAUGUCUUGAUCUCCAGUCUAGAAAAUGUUAAAAGCGCCACGGACGCCCAGAAGAUCCUCGACGCGACCAAACCAGACUAUGUAGUCUGGUCGGCAGGAGCCGGCGGCAAGGGCGGCCCAGCAAGCACAAUCGCAAUCGACCAAGAAGCCGCCAAACACUUCAUAGGCGCCUCAUUCGCCUACCCAAGCGUCUCCAAAUUCCUAAUGGUCUCCUGGCUCGGCAGUCGCCGUAAACAGCCAAGCUGGAUGAACGACGACGCCUGGGCAAGCAUCAUGCGUGGUAAAACCGAAAUCCUACCCACCUACGCCGCAGCCAAGCUGGAGGCAGACGAGUACAUGACUGCACUAGCCGCGAAACAGAAGAAGGAAAAUUCCCGCCCGUUCCAGGCUAUCAACCUGCGGCCUGGUACUUUGAAAGAUGAUCCUGCGACCAGGAAGGUGGAUCUGGGAAUUACCGGUGAGGCUAAGGGGAGUGUGACCAGGGAGGAUGUGGCUAUUGUUGCGGAUCAGUUGCUUGCUCGGGCUGAUGUUGAGGGAUGGAUUGAUCUUGUUAAUGGAGAUGUUGAGGUUGAGGAGGCUGUGGAGAAGGUUGCUACUGAGAAGAUUGAUGCUGUUGCGGAAGAGGAUGUCGAUGGAAUGGUUAAGAGGUUCUUUCCUGAGUAG